AUGAGUGUCUUUAUCCUGAGCAAGACAUGGCAAGUGCUCGGUCCGUUUCCUAUUGGCACUCGAGAGCUAGAUUUUGGCGCAGAUCCUUUGGAGAACUAUGGUGGCUUUCAAAAACUAAGGUACUCAACGGGUGCAAAAUACCCUUCGGAACUGGUGGAAGGCGGCUUUGUUGGAUGGACAAUGGUCAAUUCAAGCAAUCACACAUUGGGGCCGAUUGAUUUUCGAGAUGCUAGAUGGAGUGAGAAUGGAGUACCUUUUGGAUGGUCGAUUGAGCAGUAUCAAGCUUGGGCUCGAGGCAUACUCAUCACGCACGAACCAGUGCAACUGUUUAUGCAAAUCAGUGGUGUCUCUGAAUUUCACAUUCAUGGCACACGCUACCACAGUGAUUGCUACGGCUACAACACCACCACCCAUCUGAUCCAAUUCGACAAGGGAACACACACCAUCGAUGUGCGUAUGGUGCAUGAUGUCCGUAUGUUUGGUGGCGGCACAUCACCACCACAAUGCCAAUUCCAUGUCAAGCUAGAGCCCAAAGACGAAGCACUGCUGUAUCCUGAAGAUUGUGCGGUGAUUGCACCCUCUGCCACCGCUGAUCAACAAACAGCAUCAUGCGAGCUGUUGAUGCCGGAUUAUUUAAAAGACAUUGGGUUUGCAAGCUCUUACGGGAGUGUAUCCAUCCAAAAUGCAGGCGACGAUCCGAUGCUAGUCAAGUCAGUGACAUUAUGCAUUGUGGACGAUCAUUCUUUGGAAUCUCGCAACAAAAAUGGCCUUUUUAUGGAAUACAAGACAGAAUUGAUCAUGGAUCAUGGCCCGCUGUGUAUCUUGCCUGGACAAACUCGCCCUGUUGGCUUCAGUUUUCAGAAAGAGUGGGGAUCUCUACCAGCAAGCACCUACAUAUUGCGGUUUUGGGUUCGUAUCGGUCUUGCCAUUAAAGAUAGCAAUAAUGUGAUUGUUGCAACCUCAGCCGUUGUGGAGGGCGAUGCGAUGGAUGAAGGAGGAGACGAGUUUGCAGUUAGAGCGACUGGCAGUGUUCAAUGCAUUGAUUGGUUGACUUCAGCCUUCAAAUACACAUUCCUGGAUUACGACAACACUGUUCAAUAUGCCAUGGCCAAGAGACCUCAUGUCUUGAAUUCUAAUGCCAGUAAACCCAUCCUUGUUGCACUUCAUGGUGCGGGAGUAGAGACAGACUCUUCCUUUUGGAUCAACUCUAUACCAGCCCAAAAGCAAUGCUGGGUCGUAUUUCCAACUGGUAGGACGCCAUGGGGUUAUGAUUGGCAUGGACCUAGCACACGGAAUGUGUUCAGGUCCCUGGAGGGUCUUGCUGCCAUUCAGGAAUUGCUUCCACCUCAUUUUGAGUGCAUGGAUUUCGCAACAGGCGGAGAUUGGGUUACUGUGUCAGCACCGCAUGAAACUGCAAGAACCUUAAAGCCGCAAGACGAUCGAGACUGGAAUAUUGGUAGUUUAGAUAAAUUAAUCGUGUUGGGCCACAGCAAUGGAGGUCAAGGUGUCUGGCAUUUAGCUGUGCAUUUCCCAGACAAGAUCAUUGCAGUUGUUCCGGCUGCCGGCUACAUCAAGAUCCAGGACUAUGUAUCCUUUGCCAAUUGGGUUGGCAACUCAUACUGUGAUCCAUGGCUAAGAGGGAUCUUGGAAUCUUCUAUUGCAGAAUACAACAAUGAUCUGCAUUUAUCCAACAUGGUUCAUAUUGCAGUUUUACCACGAGUAGGCACUCAAGACGAUAACGUACCUCCGUUACACACAAGAAAAUACGUCAGAAUACUGAAUGGGCAUUUGCGACAGCCAGCUGCCAUCAAGCCAUCAGAGGUAAUGGGUCAAGGGCAUUGGUGGGAUACUGUAUUUCACGACAAGACGGUGCAGCAGUUUCUGGAUCAGCACGCUUCACCACGGCAAGAGAAAAAGGAACUAAAUGAAUUUUGUAUUACAUUGAUGAAUCCAGCUGGAAAUGGAAGUGUAUUUGGAAUUCACGUUGAGCAGAUGAUGAUCCCUUACAGAUUAGGCAAAAUAAAAGGUGUUUUCACAAGUGACAACAGCAACACCAAGACGCUCUUGACGCUGAAAACGACCAACAUUGCCUCGUUUCGAUUCACAAAGCAUUUCAAGGGCUGCAACAAGCUUAUUGUGGAUGGAGAUAAGUUUUCCCACCUUGAGAAACAUCACACUGUAGAGGGCGGUGUGUCAUUAAGCUUUGAUGGCAAAAAGAGCAAACGAUGGAAGCUGGAAGGUGUCAAAUCAAAUGAACGCAAUGCUGCAAGUUACGGUCCUAUCCAUCGAAUGUACGAAUCAACAAAACCGCUUGUCGUCAUUAUACCAUCUUGCUCCAGUCAUUACAAGCAUGUUGCAUUGCAAAUUACUCAUGAUUGGUAUUUGUAUGGCCGAGGCGAUUCCAUGAUUCUGUACGACACGCAAGCAAUAGCGUCGAAUAUGAUACUUGAUCAUCCCUAUCACAUUUAUUUGGGUCUAGUGAAUGAGAAUAAGCGUCUUGAGUCUCUAUUGGCCGAUAAACCUAUGCACAUUGGAUUUGAAAAGACAACAGCGUCUACCAUCAUGGGUAUCAAAGUAGGAGACAAAGCAUACAGAGACCCUGGAACAGGCAUUCUGUUUAUGCAUCCCAUCAGCAAGACGACGACUGCCAUUGUGAUAUCUGGUGUGGAUCAUGACGGCUUUGAAUCAGCAUGGCAUUUGCUACCAAGAAGGACUGGAAUGAUGGUACCAGAAUGGAUUGUUACCAGCAGCACAGACAUAAAGUCCAAUGGCCUAGGAGGUGUGCUUGGCGCAGGAUAUUUCGAUAAUGAGUGGAAGCCAUUUGGGUACAUGUAA